GUAUAAAUCAAUAAUGCUAAAGUGCAGGUGUCUCAAAUAAUUUCCUCAACUAUUUCUUGGCGUUCCAUAGACUCUACUUGAGACACCAUCGGCUUGGCUUGACGUUCCGUUCCAUAUUCAUACAAUCUCUCCCAACAAGGGCAUUGGAGACAGUUGACUGCUGCUGGUGCGAUGGAAAAAGGUCGAGUAAAACUUGACCGGUAAAAUUUGGCGCCAACACGGAUGCCGCUUCCCCACACUGGUUUAACCCAAAAACUACAAAAAGCGAAAGAAAAAUCCUUCUAAGCUUCUAGUCUUCUCUCAAGAAAAGUAAGCUUCUUUGGCAUUCUUCUUCAAUGGAUGGUCCUCAACUCUCUGCCUCUCUCCUCACACUUCUUGCACUCUCUUUCUUCUCAGAAGUGAACUCAGCUUCUUUCAAGCUAGUCAACAAGUGCCGCUACCAAGUAUGGCCCGGAAUACUUUCCGGCGCCAAUUCGGCGCCUCUCUCCCCCACUGGCUUCGCGCUCAAGCCCGGCAAGUCCCGGACCCUCUCCGUACCCAACUCUUGGUCGGGGCGGAUCUGGGCUCGGACUCUGUGCACCGAAUACUCGCCCGGUAACUUCUCCUGCGUCACAGCCGACUGCGGCUCGGGAAAAAUUGAGUGUGCCGGAGGCGGCGCUAAACCGCCAGCUACGUUGGCCGAGUUCACGCUCAACGGCGCCGACGGGUUGGAUUUUUAUGACGUCAGCUUGGUGGACGGGUACAACCUGCCGAUGCUGGUGGUGCCGCGUGGAGGAACAAGACGGGGGUGCAGCCCGACUGGGUGCCUUGUUGACUUGAACCGCAAGUGCCCCAGGGCGCUGAGGGUGCGUGAGGGAGGAUGGGGGAGCGUGGCGUGUAGGAGCGCGUGCGAGGCGUUUGGGGAUCCACAGUUUUGUUGUAGCGAGGGGUACGCUACGCCCGACACGUGUCAACCGUCGGCGUACUCGCUGUUUUUCAAGCAUACUUGCCCACGCUCGUAUAGCUACGCGUAUGACGACAAGACUAGCACUUACACGUGCGCCUCCGCCGACUACGUCAUCAUAUUCUGCCCCUUGCCUUAUACGAGUCUAAAGGUGUUGGGAGCUCGAAAAGAUGGGGCAGCGCUACCACUGGUUAACAAGACCAUGAUGUACUUCUAAGGAGCCACCAUGCAAGUGGUGCUUCCACAGGUCUGGUCUGGAUGCCUCUAAUCGUUCAUUCUGCCUCUACUGCAUGUGCAGCAGCACACAUUUGGUCUUUCCAGUUUCGGUCUCUAUUUAUGUGCUUUAUGACUAUCCUUGUUUCUCACAUUUCCAGGAAGGUAGUAUUACAAAUCCCGGGUGAAGAGCAGGUGCCACGGUCGAUAACUAGCUUUACGCCUGACCUUCCUCGUUGCAGUUGCCAUUAGUUCACUGGUAAGGAUAGUGGAAAAAAUUCCACCGUUCCAAGAAAUCUUGUAUGAACUCCUAUAUACAUAGGACUGUUCGAAUUUUGUGUAGUUGAUCACUCCUAUGAAGUCGUAUGUACGUAGGACUGUUCGAAUUUUGCCUCUGAUAACUUGUUACUUCAAAAGAUGAGUGUAAUAUUAGAAGAAAGAAACUCCAAAUUUCUUAAAUUGAAAAACUGCAAGUUCCAGUGAAGUAAAAUUAUACA